AUGGAUACAUCAAACGAUGUCUUUCAGACUCGAUUAUAUAGACUCAAUCGUGUAUUUCUUUCAUUGCUGGGGCAGUGGCCUUUUCAAAAAAAUAGAGAGAGACUAGCUAUCUUUAUUGCAAUAUCGCUUGCUGGUAUAACUCAAGCUAUCGCGCAGGCACUUGCCUUAUUGACGUUACGCGGCGAUCUCAGCGCAACGCUCGAAUGUAUACCACCUCUUAUAGUAGACUGUGCUUGCAUUGUUAAGCUGACGAACUUACUGUGCAAUAGAGAGAAGAUUAAGAUACUUCUUAUACACAUACAAAAAGAUUGGCAAUUGUGGACCAUCAGAAGCGAAUUCGAAAUUCUACACAAGUUUGCCGAGAAUGGAAGAAGCAUUACAAUCGGCUAUGCCAGUGGUAUGUACGCAUUCGGCAGUCUCUUUUCAUCUCUGGCGAUACUUCCGAAAAUACUCGGCAGAAGUGUGGCUUCUAAUUAUUCAACACGACCAGUGGGAUUCCCGUAUCAUGUUGAAUACUAUAUUGACCUCGAAAAAUAUUAUUAUCCCAUAUUAAUUCAUAAUUAUCUAGCCGUUGCCAUUCGUCUUACUACCGUAGUCGCGUCCGAUACGUGCGUGGCUAUAUUGGUGCAGCAUUGUUGCGGACUAUUUUCAAUUGUCAGAUAUCGGAUGGAGUAUAUACGAGAAUCUAUAGAACAGGAUAAGGAGUUGUCCUGUUUUGAGGAAGAUGAUAAGAUUUAUAAGAAUUUCGCGUAUUGCAUUCGAAAACACGAAGAUGCCUUACAAUUCGCAAACUGCUUAGAGACCAUAUAUACAAAAGCAUUCUUCGUGGAAGUCGGCUUAAUUAUAAUGGCUAUGAGUUUGUCGGCUCUUCAGGCAACUAGUGAAACUCUCACUCUGCAGCUUGCAAUCCGACAUAGCGGUUUCAUAAUCGCUCAAUUAUUGCAUUUAUAUAUCGCAUGCUGGUUAGGACAACAAAUAAUCGAUUAUAGCGAUUAUAUAUACACAUCAGUUUACCAAGGUAAGUGGUAUGAAUCACCACCCAAAUCUAAAAAACUCUUAAAUAUGAUGAUGCUGAGGAGCGCCACACCUUGUACAUUGACUGUAGGCAAACUCAUGGUUCUUUCUCUUCCGAGUUUUAGUGCGGUCGUUCGUGUAUCUGCUUCGUACUUCACCGUCUUGCAAUCUGUACAGUAAUCUAGAAUUUUCAAAAAUUUUUCUGCUAAAAAGUACAAAAUGGAUAUAUA